UGUGAAACUAAGAGUAUUUUUAUGAUCGUCGUUCUCGUUUAUUUUUUGCUCAAAAAAGAAGCGUGCGAUAGCAUAAAUUACAGUUUCAUUUUCGAUGAUGAGGCAAGGAUGGUCGUAUUUCUGGCUCUUUAAUUAUCGAUCGCAAAAUCCACAGAAGUCUCUGUUUCUCUUACUCCAUGUUGAUCCAUUCCCCAUUUCCUAUUCAUCGUCUCCAAUGUCAUGACAUCGGAAAGUCUCUCAUCGCGACUUCUCGAUUGCUUCGCUUUUCAAAACUUCACGGAAGCGAACUGAAUCGGAAAUGAAAAGGCUUUCCUUCGAGACUCGACAAUCCUUUUGCUUUAUCAUCCAUCAAGAAGUGCUUCCAAAGGCAUCGGACUCCUUCCUUCAAGGCUUUAGCGUUCGUUCUAUUUUUCAUAUUCUUGAUGGAAUUCGUCGAACUUUUCGAAGUACAUAAAUACGUAAGGUCAUAUAAAUUUUACAAUCCAAAGUCACGAAGUCGAUCACGUUGGAUCUCUCGUUCGCCGAAAUAUUAUGGAGUAAAAAAAUCUACAAAGAAUCAUUACUAUUCUCAUCCUGCAUAUCAAAGAUAUGCUCCUCUUUACGAAGAAUCUUCAGUCUCGGACAAUCAACCAUACACGAUAAUCAUCCAGCUACCGAAACGUGAAGAAAAACGUAGAAAUCAUUAUCAUGAGAAAUAUUACGAUGGAGAUGAUGUGCACGAUCAUGAUUACAUUGGAAAUCGGUAUUAUAAUGAUCACGACGAGGAUUUUGCUUCGAGAGCAUUUCAUAUCGGUGAGAAGAAAGUACGAAUUAAAGUUACAGAAGAUGCAGGUUCGAAGGUGCACAUAAAGAUAUCGAGAAUCGACGACGACAAAGGAAUCGUGAUAGCCGAUAAAAAUAAUAUGACCAUAUUAAAGACGCCGAUAUUUUUGAACAAGAAAUUAUUACCAACUCGAACUGCAGAGACAAACUGGUUGACUUCCGAGCCACCAUUAUUUUUUCAAAGAUAUGUACAGGGAGUUUGAUCGAAUUAUUUCUACUUCGUGACGUUCAGUAACAUUAUAUGUCAUACUUAUCCAAUAACAUUGAUGAGUAUGACAGAAACAAUCGUUUCUUUUUUUUUUAUCAUCGAACUCAUACGAUCUUUAUAGAGAAGACUGAAUCUUUGUUAACUCGAUAUUUUAGUUAUCGAGAAAGGAAGCUUAAACGAUAAAACAGUACAAAUUUGAUAGAUAUUUAUAUCUAAUAUUCGAAUCGACUGCAGAGUUAGGAAAAACGAGAAUCAGAUAUAGUAUGAAUUUUUAAUGGCAUAUGCUUUCUAUUUUUAUUUCGUAUAAUUUAUGCACUGUUUAUUAUUGGCCAUUUUUUAAAAUAUUAAUUUAUUGCGAAGACAUAUAUAUAUAUAUACCUAAAUGUAUAUUAUAUGAAAUAUGGUACGUAAAAAUUGUAUGAGAGAAUUCAGAAAUCCAGAAAUAUUAACUCCCCACUAUGAAACAUCCUUCACUCGAAGAAACAGAGAAAGAAUUGUGUCGCAAUUGGAGGAAUGGUGUAUCGAAUAUUGGCAACUAAAUAUCCUGGACGACCCAGAUUUAAGGCUGCUCCUUGCCAGGAAAUCCAUCCGCAUUUACCUAGACCUUUCUUAACGACGACGCCACAUCUAGAAAGACAUCACCGAUUCUUCGUCCUUCGGAAACGUCAGAAUACUUCGUUCUUUUCCUUUUUCCUCCAUUUACUCUUGUUGAGUCGAGUGACGAGUCGUAAUGACGACGGUAAAAAAUAGAGAAGAAUAAAAAGAGACAGAGAUACAUAUAAAAGGAAGAAAAGAGACGAGCGGAUGGAAUGAGAAAAAGGAUUCAAGGGUUAUAAUCCUUGAAGCGCCUUUUAUAUCACCAUUCCAGUAUCUCUACGUACAUCAUUCCCUAUUUUCUCCUAUUUCUCCCUCUCUUAUAUUCUCGUUUUCCAUUUCAUUAUUUUAGUAGCAGUAACUAGUAGAUCUUGGUCCACAGGCAUUUUCUUUUCUUCUCAUUACAUUUUUAAUAAAAAAGAAAAAGAAAAUAUAUAUAUAUAUAUAUAUAAAAUUAAAAAAAGUAAUAAAAAGAACGAAUAGGUGGAUGAGGAGAACAAAUACUUCGAGAUGAAUCACACAGAAAGACGUCAUUUCUCAAUGUAGUUUUUAUUUCUAACAUAAUAGUCAACGAACAUAUCGUAAUAAUAAAUAAUAGCAAUAAUAUACAGUGUCUUGUCGUUUUUGUUCAUGGUACGGUGUUAGUGUAUUUUUUUUUUUCUUUUUUCGCUUCGUCGUAAACAUCGUCAUCAAUUAUUAUUGUAAUCGUGAGUCACGUUGGUGUGUUUGUUGGCUUUACGUACGUUUUCUUAUUUCUUUCUUUUUUCUUUUUUUUUUUUUUUUUCUUUUUUGUUUGCAGUCGCCCCUGUAGUCUCUUGUGUUUUAUUUUCCUCAUUAUAUCUCUUCUUCUUCUUCUUCUUCUUUUUUUGUUCAUUUUAUUUGUUUCUGGUAACACGGUUCACAACAUCGAUAAAGACACUCGCGCACAUUCAGACGCAUCCCUUUUUUUUAAAGCCGAUCCUACGUCGGAAAAUAUAUUGUUCUCUUAUUUCACGAGUUCUCUCCCUUUUUAUCUUCAUCUCUCUUUUCAAGCUAUCUCCCUUUUUCUCUUUCUCGAAAACAAGUAUUUUUAACAAUUCUUUCUCUAGGAAUUUGGACGCUUAAGUAGGAUGACCAAAUGUAAAAAUUUUAUUUUAUUGAUUUCAAUAAGUUUCUAUCAGAGUUUAACAAAAUACAUGAAUUUUAUAUUCUUCAUCUAUCGAGCAAAUUUAUCAGAGAUCAUUACAAAAUUACA